UUAUUUCACAAUUUAAAAUGCCAUGUGUCCCAUCACUCAAUUUUAUGUCUUUGGAGAUUUUCAGUUCUAUGAAAAAUAAUUAAUGAAUAGAUUUUUCAUUUUCUCAUAUUGCUGGCCACAGAAUUUGGCUUGAAAGGACAAACGCAUUAAGCUUAAAGCUAGAAAGCGAUUUGCCAAGUGGUAUUUAAUUUGCAUUUGAUCUUCCAAGCCAAAUUGCUAAAGUGGUAUUUAAUUUUGGGUUGACGAAUUUAAAUCGGAUUAUUUUUAAAGUUCUCUAUUUUUCUAGAGGGAGAGAGUGUUAUUGUUGUCGAACUUCUGUUCUUCCUUGAUGGUUCUGAAAGCUUUUUUUUUUAAAUUUUUUUGAAGUUUUCUUUUGGAUUUCUGAAGCGUGGAUUGAGAUUCUUGAACAAAGAUUGUUCUUCAGCUCCAUUUGUUUUCUAGGUCCUUUGAUUUUUACAACUCGUAUUGGAUUUACCAUGUCAUCAUGUCAAUCAAUAUGGGAGGUUUUCAGUGAGGAAUAAGCUCAUGAAUCAUGGAGAAUCAUUGUGAAACACGAAGCAAUGGUGAAGCAGCUGAUCCCGGCCUUCAAAUUAUUAAAUACUCUCCAUUUCAACCUUCUAUCAAAUUAUCGUCAUCUUUGUUUGAUUUGAGAGUUUUUUAUGUGAGGGUCAGCAAUGUUCAGGUUGAUGAUUUAGCCCCUGAAUUUCUCACUCUCAGUCAUAUCCCUUUGGGCCCUGACACUUUAUUAGAAGUUAAUGGUGCUAGAAGUAGCAUAUACUCCCAUGGUAUCUCUUCACUUCUGAGAAGAGAUAGGGUAGACAAGAAGUCUGAAGAAGCCACAUUUGUUAGCACAGAUAGUAUUCGGUUGUCGGGAAGUUUGAAAUUUGAGGUGUUUGAUAAAGAAGAUCUCAUUUUAUCUGGGCUUCUUGAGAUGUCUAAUAGUAAUGGCUUCAUAGGAGAAUCAAAGAGCAAUGCUAAGCGUUGGAGCAUGAAUUGUGCAUCUGAGAUCACUGCUGGCACUGGCCUUUUGAAGGGAAAACAUGUCACAGGUCCUGAAUCCCCUUUGCCCACCAUUGAGGUUUAUGUUGCUGGUUGCUACUCAGGGACACCGAUCAUCUUAACCAAGACUUUGCAGCUGAAUCUUCGAAAGAAGCAUAACAGGAAAGGCAUGUUGGACGCAAUCCCGGAGUAUGAGAUGACUGUAAGUAACAAAAAUCCAUCAGCUGGACUUGAUUUACAGGUACCUGACUUCAGUAACUACAAACCAGAAAACGAUGAAGACUACAGCAACAUGUACUGGAGACGAACUGAAUACAUUGAAGGUGAAGAUGGUGAACUCUCAUGGUUCAAUGCUGGUGUGCGAGUCGGAGUAGGAAUUGGGCUUGGCAUUUGUCUUGGUCUUGGUAUAGGCAUUGGCUUGCUGGUUCGUACUUACCAAGCUACUACUGGGAACUUCAAAAGGCGGCUUUUGUGAUCCCUUUCAACUGGAGCUGCUACACUCUCCAGUUCCUUCCCACAAAAUCCAAAUGCUGCUAACUGUAUGCAUCGUGUUGACUGCAGAUUCUGACUGAGCGAUGCCUUGUGUAGCUAACGGUCUUUCGACCUUUCAGUGUCUUUAUCUCUGUUUAGUAUUUUUGCUAUCAGGUGUUUGGUUUAGACUUUAGAAAAAGUACAGCCUUCAGCCUUCAGAUGACAUCAUUUAUGUCGUAUGAAGGUUAUACAUACUUAAGCUUGUAUGACUUGAAUUUCCAUGUAAAUAUUCUGUUAAGCUAAGGUUGCAUUUGACUUUUGUUUC